UUGUGGUGAGAUGCAUAAGCCUGCCUUAGGACUAUAUUUUAAAAGAUCUUUUUUAACAAAUCCAUUAUUUCUUACAAUGAUAUUAUUCCUAUUUACAACGUUAGUGGUUGGGAGCUAUAUGAUCAUCUGUUCAGGAAAUCCCACAGACUUAAAGUAUGUCGUUGUAAUUGAUGCUGGUUCAACGGGUAGUAAAGCAACAACGUAUAAAUUCCAUAUUAGCCGUAAAACGGAACAUUUCACUUUAGAUGACAAAGAAAUAUUUGAAAAAGUAACUCCAGGACUUGAUACUUUUGCUAACAAUCCAAAUGAGGGCGCUCAAAGUAUUGAAAAACUUUUGGAAAUUGUAAAGGAAAAACUUCAACUUUCGUCGGAUGUGUUGUCAAACACUCCGAUAGCAUUGGCAGGAACGGGUGGUCUUAGAAGUCUGAAAUCUGAACAAGCCAACACACUACUAGAAGAAGCUGAUAAGACGUUGAAGAAGUCUGGAUUUUCCGUCAAAGAUGAUGCUGUCACAAUUUUGAGUGGUGACGACGAAGGAAUAUUUUCAUGGUUUACUACUAAUAUUCUAUUAGACCGCUUAGGUACUGAGAAUACAGUGGCCGCUCUUGAUUUGGGUGGGUCUAGUACACAAGUGACAUUUCCAUUGAAAGAAAAGAGCAAUGAUCACACGUUAGCCGAUCAUAUUUUCACGGUGGAAACCUCAUCACCCGAAGACAAAAUGGAUUUAUUUUCUAUCAGUUAUUCGAAUUUGGGUAGAAAAUAUUUUGGAAAUGCUGUUUUCGGCCAUGGUAAUUCGGAUGAAGCUACAGAUUGGUAUAGUGUUUGUAUUCAUCCCGAUAGCAAACCAUAUAAAAUCGAAUUGGACACCACAUCACAUAAUGUCUAUGGAAUUCCCAAUAAUCUUUCAACUGUCGAUAUUGCUGCAUGUAUGAAUCUAGUGGAAGAAAAGAUGUCAACUUUACUUACACCAAAACCCACCCCGUUAAAAAAUGUCACUGAAAUCUUCGCAUUCUCUGGAUUUUUCAAAGUAAUCAAUGCAGCUGGAUUGAUUGAUCCUGAAGAAGGCGGCCAAGCAUCUUUAGAUGUUAUAUUAUCAACUGCAGUUAAAGAAUGUAGUAUUGCAAAUGACGAGAAUCCAAUCUUAUGCCUCAAUUUAAUUUACGUUUAUGUUUUACUGCACGAUGGAUAUGAACUGAAACCAGAAACAAGAGUCAAUUUCCAUCUGAAAUUAAAGGGUCACUAUAUCUCAUGGGCUCUCGGUUUUGCAUAUGAUCAAUUGACUGGUAUAAGGCGAACAAAGAAAAUAGACAACAAAUAGAAUUAAUUCUUAAUUAAUAAUUAUUAUCAGCAUGCCCAAAUUGUAACUAUAUUUAUUGUAUUCUAAAUAUUGCAUUAAACAAAAUGUUAUUUGAAAUUGCAAUCAAAACGAAUUUGAUAUGCAAGUUUUGAAAUAGACACAACUGUAGUA